CAACAGCAAAGAAGAAGUUCUCAAAGAACGUCACUGAACCAUGAACUUACAACGAAAAGAUCUGCAAACAACCGUCUUCGAAAUGGAGCGAUACCUGAGGGACGAACCUAGAAAAUACCCGUGUAAACAGCUAGAGAACGAGGAACUACAAGGUCCUUUAAACUUGCUUACAAUAACAAACGACAGAGAGUCGUCUUCGUGUGACUCCAUAUCCGAACAUCUAAUCUCAGACCCUGGUGAUCAUCUAAUUACUUUUAGUUCCACUGCAGAAAGUAGAAAUUGUAACACUGAUGGUGGGAAUAGUAGUGGAGGGGAAGAUAGGCUUAGUGUAUCCGAUGUGGAUAUCAGUGACCACACCUUCGAUAAUACAAUGUGUAGCUCCAUCAUGUGGAAAACUGCGGAACGUGAUAUUACUUCUUCUGAACUUACAAAUAAAUUUCACACUUUGAAAAAGAAGUCUUUAUUAUCUGUGUCAGGUGGAGAAGGCAUUUCAGUGAAACUUCUGACUAAAAUAGGAAAUUCAUCAGAGGUCGCAAUCAAGCGCCGUAUAUCUCAAAAUUUGGGUGUUAGUGCUACAUUAGAAGUCUCUGUGCCCACAAAGACCUCGAUUCUUCAAGACAAAACAGUGCCAACAUCAACGUUAGGGCCUCGAAUAUUAACAAGUAAUCCCUCACCUGAGUCUCACUGUCAUAUUGACCUGGUUCCAGAUAAUAAGAGAAGAAUUCACAAGUGCCAAUAUAGCGGAUGUAAGAAAGUCUACACCAAGUCUUCACAUCUGAAAGCUCAUCAGCGAACUCACACUGGAGAAAAACCUUACAAGUGCAACUGGGAAGGCUGUGAAUGGCGGUUUGCUCGAUCAGACGAGCUUACCCGUCACUAUCGUAAGCACACAGGCUCCAAACCUUUCAAAUGUAUCCACUGCGAACGGUGCUUUUCUCGCUCAGACCACUUAGCGCUUCAUUUGAAGAAACACCCAAUAGCCGAGUCUUUCUAAAAUAGACUUAGAUGACGUACUACAGCGUCACUCUCUUGAUCAUGUGAAUUAGAAGAAGAGCUGGACACUAUUCCUGUUACUAGAACGAAGUGAAAACAUUCAGACGUGACCAAAAAUAGCUGUCUUCGGAAAACAACAUCGUUAGGAAAUCUGUUUCACAUCUUUCAUAAUAACUUUUAUUUAUUGUUAUUCUAUAUUUUGGCAAAGAAAUAAUAUAGUUAGAAAUAUGAUGUUAAAUAAGGAACCGAAAUGUUAAAAGUAGAAGUUUAAAAAGAAAUAACGCAAAAAUACAACCAUCAUAAUGUGCUCUGCAAAUUAUAGUGUCAAAUCCUAUCUUAUUUCGUCGACAAAAUAAGCGAAACCAAUAGCUAACUAUUAUUAAAAAAAAAUUAAAUAUUUGUGAAACCAAUAGAACUUCAGAUAUUACAUUACAUUUUUAGUUCUGAGUUAAAUAGCUUUUUAACAUGUUAAUGUGAUAAGCAUUCUCUUAACGUCUGAAAUUUUCCACGUAAUUAAACUUGUCAAAAUGGUUGUAGAUCACUCUGAGACCACUUCGUUACGAUCGUACUAUGUUUGCACCUCGUCUUCCCUUCUUAUGUUUAUCUACUUUAUUUAGUUUGUACUUAUUCCGAUCAGGAAUUGACUAAUACUAAUGUAAACAUAACAAUUGUUGUUUAUUACUGGCAAUCAAUUACACAUAGAUGUAAAAAUUGGUUUUGUUUCUUACUGGCAGCAUAUUACUUUCAUCAUUUGCCUCUUUCGGUUUAUUCGUUCUCUCUCACAUAUCCCGGUUCUUUUUCUUCGAACUCUUUCUUUCGUAUUCCUUUACCAAACCCACGCUGAACAGCUUCAUAUCUUCUUGACCUUCAUCUGUUUCCUGUUUGGAUUAUAAAAUUUCAUGAUAAUAGAGGGUCUUGUAAUCUUCAUACUGGCUGAACAAAAAACUAGGUUGCUCCCUCCAGUAAUUUUAAAUCAUUUUAAGAUGCUGUAGUCCUCUAAUCCCUCUGAGAUUAACCAAAUUUUAGCUGAGAAACUUCUCUCAACUCCCACCGAUGUUCCUUACACCUAAUUUCAUAAUAAAAAUGCUAAUAAGUAAUUUUUAAAGUGUUUUUGUCUAGAGAUAAUUAUUUCUGUAAAGGUAUAAUAAAAUUGACAUCUGUUGUUUGGUUUUAGAGACUGAAUAUCAUGUAUGAAAAUGCAGUUAAAUCAAUUUCUUUCACUGAUUGUAAAAAAUAAUAGGUUCUUAAAAAGAAGGUAAUAAACUAAAAAGUUUUUUAUUCCGUAGAAUGUAAUAAGAAACAGUUACUUUCAUAGAAUGUAAUAAUUAAAAACAGCCAUUUAUAAGAAUGUAUGUUUUUGCACAUAUUACAAUAGAAUACAUGUUUGACUUUCUGAUCAAAUGCAGUGGAGCUACUGUAUAUUAAUAGGCAAGUUGUUAUAAAAACUAUAAAGUUUUACCUAUUCAGAUAUUUCCGGUCAUUAAGUCGAACGACAUCAGACGGCUAGUGCGACAUUGACGAUAUUUAUGGGUUGGACAAGAAAAUAGAAGCACCAAAUGGGAGCGACUUAACAAUGCAUGAUUCCACUUCUGGCUGCCAGAACUGCUUAACUUCUUUAUAGUGGGUCAUCUGUAAGUUUCUGAAAGGUAUGCUGAGGAAUUAGGUUUCAUUCCUCGAGGACAUUUGA